CUCCUCUCACAGCAGCAUUCUGAACUCAGCCUCGGACGCAUACACACACACCAUGGACGCACACGGAGUGUCGAAACGCAACCAGAUGGAUUACAAACCGGGCAACAUGGAGCCAAAACAGGGAAAAAUGCUCCCAUGCAUGGAAGACCGCUUUGACAGCGGCUUGGAUUCGCUAAAAGACGACGAUCUGGUGAACGACUUCGAAGACAUGACUGUGACUACGAAAGAGGAGUUUCCAAAGGAGUACGAGCCCUGGAGGAGCGCCGUGACGGAAGAUGGCGACACGCUUCUCCACUUGGCCAUCAUUCAUGAAGCUCACGAACAUGCCCUCCAGAUGAUCCGACUCUCUCACAAACACCCCUUCCUAAACAUUCAGAACCACCAGAGACAGACUGCACUCCACCUCGCAGUGAUCACAGAGCAGCCCCAGCUGGUGGAGAAGCUCCUGAAGGCCGGAUGUGACCCGCAGCUGGCCGAUAACAGUGGAAACACGGCUCUCCACAUCGCCUGCAAAAGAGGCUCACUCGCUUGCUUCAGCGUCAUCACGCAGAACUGCCAGCAUCAUCUCGCUUCCGUCAUUGCCUUCCCCAACUACAGUGGACAUAACUGUCUCCACCUGGCAUGCAUUAAUGGCUACAUCUCAUUGGUGGAAAACAUGGUUCAGCUUGGUGCAAACAUAAAUGCACAGGAACAGUGCAGUGGACGGACAGCACUCCACCUCGCUGUGGACCUCCAGAACCCAACACUGGUCCGUCGUCUACUGGACCUGGGUGCUGACGUCAACAGCCUGACGUACGGUGGCUUCACGCCAUAUCACCUAACCUACGGGCGCCAUAACGAAGAGAUCCGCUCACAGCUAUAUGAGAGGACGGCGCAGGAAAUGAGGGCGCUUCCUGAAAGCGAUUCAGAUGACUGCGACAUGGAAGACCAGAGCAUCUCUGAUGAUGAGAUGUAUGACGACAUAAAGUUCGGGAAGUAAGAAGAAAAUCCCCUCUACUGGUGGCGUAAAUGAACAGUGAAGCUGCUACUGGGAUUCCCAGCAGGGCCAAGUGGUGCACCUCCAGUUCAGGAAGUUCACAGGUGCCGCCCGGAAGUGUGGAGCUGGUCCUGAGAUCUCAUUCAGGAAUGAAGAUGGCGCCAAGUCAGGGUCACUGAACUUGUGAUUUUUUUUUUGGGGGGGGGAAAUGCCACCCAAGAGAUCCAGAACCACAACACGGCAACACCUCUGCAGCCCUCCUCCAUAUAAACUAUAUACUGCUGUGUAUAUAUAAAUCAUGUAAGAUAAUGUAAAUAAAGAGAUUUUUGUACCUGUAAAUAUGCUGUGUGAAUUUAAACACUAUUAAGAAAAGACAUUUGGGGAAUAAAGAGAAAUCUAAAUAUAAAA